AUGUCUUCUGAUGGAGAGGAUGAUUUGGAAUGGUAUGAUUUGAUCCCAGGCAAGCUCGAAUUGGCAUUGCGUUUCAUGGUUAUGUUCCUCUUCAUUGUGUCUUUCAUUGCUUUGUUACUCUGGUUUUGUACUUUCGUCCACCACUUUCCAAGAUGCUCAGUCCAUUACUUUUACAUUUCUGCCCUCAACAAAUCCCUGAAUUCACCACACAAUACCACUCUCAAUUUCAUGCUCCGUCUCAAAAACAUCAACCCUAGACAAAGAAUCUACUACGACGAUGUCCACUUAUCCUUCUCCAACUCCUCUCUUUUCGUUGUGGCUAAGUACACCGUGCCAAGAUUCUAUCAAGGACACGAGAAGAGUGCCAAGAAAUGGGGACAGGCUCAGCCACUUGACAACGUGACCGUUUUACGAGCGGUUUUGCCUAAUGGUUCUGCGGUUUUCCGGGUGGAUUUGAAGACGCAGUUGAAGUAUAAGUUUAUGUUUUGGAAAACGAGAAGGUACAGAUUCGAAGCUAGUGUAUCUGAAGUCAACGAGGAUGGAGCCACCAAAGUCAAAAACAAAGAGGAUGGAAUUAAAAUGAAGAAAUCGGAUUCUUCUACGCGAUUAGCCUCUUUGCAUUUUUGUGUUUUGAUUUAUUUGCUCAUCUUCUUUGCUAUUUGCUUACUCUGA